AUGCAUGUUUCCAUGGAUGAGCCAAUCCAGUUCGAACUCCAAUCCGAUCACCAGAGACUAGAGAGAAGAUACAAGGUCCGAACCAGUGUUCUGAGUGAUGCCUUGAAGAGCAUCAACAACGCCGAGAAGCAGGGCAAGCGCCAGGUCAUUCUCCGCCCUUCAUCCAAGGCCAUCGUCAGAUUCCUUGAGCUCAUGCAGCGCCAUGACUAUAUCUCGGAGUUUGAAGAGGUCGAUGGCCACCGUGACGGCAAAAUUGUCGUCCAAAUCAAUGGCCGGUUCGUAAUGGUCAUCCCCCAACUGUCUGAUGAACCGUCAAUCGCCGAGAUCUUCUAUUUUAGACUGAACAAGUGCGGCGUCAUCAGUCCUCGUUUCAGCGUGGCUUUGGGUGACCUGGAGAAGUGGGUUGUUCGACUUCUGCCUGCCCGCCAGUUCGGCCAUAUCGUGCUCACCACUUCCGCGGGCAUCAUGGAUCAUGACCAGGCUCGUCGAAAGCAUGUCUCGGGCAAGAUCCUGCGCUACUUCUACUAG